AUGACGUCGGUGGCGGUUGCGGUGGCGGUGACGGGCAGCGAUGGCGUGGGAGGAAGAGGAAGCAGACGGGCUGUUCGAUGGACGGCGGAGAAUUUAUGGGCGAAGGCGAAUCGUUUGAUUUUAGUCCACAUCAUGCCUAGUAUCACCUGUAUACCCAGUCCAUGCGGAGGAGAUGGUAUAGCAAUUGAGGAAGUUGACGAGACUGUGGGGACACUGUACGUGCAAGAAGUGAAAAUAAAGUUAGAUGAUGAUGUCUUUUUACCAUUUAAGAAGUUAUUAUGCAAAACUAGAGCAGAGAAGGUGGAAAUCGAAACUGUGGUGCUGGAAGAUGAAAAUCCUGCAACUGGGCUUUUAAGAUUUGUGCGUGAGUCAGGGAUUCAUAGUUUAGUAUUGGGGUCUUCUUCCAGUUGCAUUUUGAGGAAGCUAAAGGGACCAGGGGUACCCACAACUGUGCUAAAGUCUGCUCCAGAGACGUGUGAUGUUCAUGUUGUAUCUAGACAGAAAAUCAUCACAAAAUCAGCUACUAACUCACCCACUUAUGAAUCCAAAGUUCAAGGAACCCUUGAAACAUCAUCAGUGUCUAACCUCAGUCACCUAGACUCUAAAGCCUCUGAGCAUGUGGGUUUGUUUAUUAAUGCUACUCUGGAUGUGGGAAGGUGCAAUUCCCUAGCUUCGAGAGAAUCUGACCAGGCCGAAGUAGAACAGCUACGGCUAGAAUUGCAAAACACCAUUAUGAUGUACAAAAGAGCUUGUGAAGAGCUUGUCCAUACUCAGAACAAGGUCCAAUUACUUUCUUCGGAGUGCCUUGAGGAGGCAAAUAAGGUGAAUGCUGCCUUAGAAAGAGAAGAAACUUUGAAGAGAAUUGCUGCUGAAGAGAAAGCAAGGUAUUUGCAAGCCAUAGAGGAGGUUGAGGAGGCAAAAGAUUUGUUUGCUAAAGAAGCUUAUGGAAGACAGAUAGCAGAGCUUAAUGCCCUCAGAGAGUCUUCAGAGAAACAAAAAAUUGUAGAUGCAGUCUUCUCGAAUGACAGAAGGUAUAAAAGGUACACUAAGGAUGAAAUAGAGCUAGCAACAGGUUUCUUCUCCGACAGCAAUGUUAUUGGCGAAGGAGGUUAUGGAAAAGUUUACAAAUGCAAUCUUGAUCAUACCCCAGUAGCUGUUAAGGUUUUCCAUUCCGAUGCAGUUCACAAAAAACAGGAAUUCUUGAGAGAGGUCGAAGUUCUAACGCAGUUACACCACCCACACCUGGUUCUGCUACUUGGAGCCUGCCCUGAUAAUGGUUGCCUGGUCUAUGAGUACUUGGAAAAUGGAAGCCUGGAGGAGAGUAUCUUCCAUCGAAAUGGAAAACCAUCUCUUCCAUGGUUUGUUCGGUUUCGUAUAGUAUUUGAAGUAGCUUGUGGGCUUGCUUUUUUACACAACUCGAAGCCUGAUCCUAUUGUCCAUAGGGAUCUUAAACCGGGUAAUAUCUUGCUAGACAGAAAUUAUGUGAGCAAAAUUGGAGAUGUUGGGCUGGCUAAACUCAUUUCAGAUAUUGUGCCAGACAACAUGACGGAGUACAGAGAUUCUAUUCUUGCUGGUACUCUCUACUACAUGGAUCCUGAGUAUCAGAGAACUGGGACUGUCCGACCCAAAUCAGAUUUAUAUGCUUUUGGAGUUAUAGUUCUCCAAGUGUUGACAGCUCGCCCUCCUAAUGGACUUCUAUUAACUGUUGAAGAUGCUAUCAUGAAUGGCUCAUUUACUGGCAUUCUAGAUACUUCGGUUCAAGAUUGGCCACUUGCUGAGACAGAGGAACUGGCUAAAAUUGCACUGAAGUGCUCUAAACUCAGGUGCAGGGACAGACCAGAUCUUGAUGCGGAAGUUCUGCCGGAUCUAAGAAGACUUGUUGACAUUGCAGCUGCUAGUGUUGAGGUGGAAAGAAGCAAUAUUUAUGCACCAAGCCACUACUUCUGUCCAAUUCUUCAGGACAUAAUGGAUGAUCCCUACAUUGCUGCUGAUGGUUUCACAUAUGAGCACAGAGCAAUCAACGCAUGGCUUGAUAAACACAACGUAUCACCCGUGACAAAGCUGAGGCUCCAGCAUUCUCUCGUAACUCCGAACCACACAUUACGUUCAGCGAUACAGGAGUGGAGAUCACGUGUGAUUAUGCAAGUGCCUUAA